AUGGCGGUGUCUCAGGGGCUCAGGGAGGUGCGGAGGUCCCCCCUCUCUCUCACAGAGUACCUGCAGCUCAGUCUGGAGGAGGCCUUCUUCCUGGUCUACAGUCUGGGCUGCCUGUCUGUCUACCUGCACCAGGUAACUGUCUGCCUGUCUGUCUACCUGCACCAGGUAACUGUCUGCCUGUCUGUCUACCUGCACCAGGAGCCCCUGUCAAUCAUCCAGCUGUGGAGGAAGUUCCGCUCGCUGCGGCCGGACUUCGUCAGCUCGUUCUCAGCCUAUCAGCACCUCAGGAGCAAAGGGUGGGUCCCCAAAGAAGGGGGCGGAGCCAAGUACGGCGUGGACCUCAUGUUGUACAGGAAAGGACCUCCUUUCUACCACGCCAGUUACUCUGUAGUGAUCGAGCGGGUUGAUGGUGCCUUCAGGGGCUCUGCGUUACGUCCGUUUUCAUGGCGUUCUCUCGCAGCUCUCAGCAGGAUCACAGCCAACGUCUCCAAGGAGCUGAUGCUGUGUUACAUCCUCUAUCCUGCCGGCCUAUCAGAAGCCGAGCUGGACUCACCUGUGUGUCUGAGCAGACUCAGUGUUCAGGAAGUGAUCGUCAGCAGGUGGGUGUCCUCCAAAGAGCGAACGGAGCAGGAAGACAUCUGAUUGGCCGACGCAAGGUGAUGUCACUAUGUGAUGUCACAAAGAGACUCAUGACAUCAGCCAGAAGAGUCUUAGAUAUAUUUGUACCUUUUUGUUUGUAUUAAAGUGUCAAAAACAUGAUGA